AUGUUUCAAGCCACUGUACUGGUUUGUGACCUUAGAAAGCAGCAAAAUGAUGAAUGUUCCCAUUCAGUCUCCUUAAACAUAGAUAAGGCGCUGAGGACCAGACAGUUGGCGAUAGACUUCGAUGGCUGUCGGCCUGUAUUCAGACUCAGGGAGCCUCUGGACCUAUUUACCUUCCUUUCCACAUCCUGCCCCUUCCAGGGUGUACGUUGGCCCAUAGAGUGUGAGGUCAUUAACGACGUUAUCCAUCACAUAGAGUGGAACCCACCAGAGCCAGAGCUGUUCUACAAGCCAAUGGGACAUGAGGAGGUACCCAUGCCAGUUGGAGAGGAUAAGGGGCAUGUGGUAUACUGCGAUGACCUUGCCACUAAGACUCCCUAUUUCACCCGCUCUCGAAUCGGCGGAAGCAGGGGGCCUGUUAAGAACGUUGCCUCCUGUGCCAUACAUCAGAGUCAAACUGCCCUAGACUUUGAGUCACGCUUUGAGAGUGGGAACCUUCAGAAAGCUGUACAAGUGGGUCUCUAUGCCUACGAGCUAACCUUGCACACAGACAUGUACACCAACAAACACACGCAGUGGUUUUACUUCAGGGUCAGGAACAUGAAGGCUGGAGUGACCUACCACUUCAUUAUUGUCAACCUGAUGAAGAGGAGCAGCCUGUAUUCUCUGGGCAUGAGGCCACUCCUGUACUCUGAGAGAGCCUCCAAAGAGAAAGGUGUUGGCUGGCACCGCAUCGGCUCCAAUAUCAGAUAUCAUCGGAAUUAUAAUCAGGAUAAGAACAAAGACACAAUCACUCUUUACUCUCUCAGCUGGACAUGUCAGUUCCCAUAUGAUGCAGACACCUGCUACCUGGCCCACUGUUACCCCUACACCUACUCUCACCUGCAGCGCUACCUUGUCCGUGUCACCUCCAGUCCAUCAGUUGCACAAUACUGUAAACUCAGGGUGCUGUGCCGCAGUCUUGCUGGAAAUCCUUUGCCUGUGUUGACGAUAACAUCCCCAAGGGGUGGCAGGGUGGAGGGGAGACACAAAAAGGCAGUGGUGGUAACGGCCAGAGUGCACCCUGGGGAGACGAAUGGUUCCUGGAUGAUGGAAGGAUUUCUGGACUUUCUGCUUGGAGACUCAGAUGAUGCUCAGCUACUCAGGGAUACUUUUGUUUUUAAGGUGGUGCCAAUGUUGAACCCAGAUGGUGUGGUGGUGGGGAAUUAUCGCUGCUCCCUGGCGGGUAGGGAUCUUAAUAGAAACUACAGGACCAUGCUCAGGGAUUCCUUUCCCUGUGUGUGGCACACCCGGAACAUGGUGAAAAGACUGAUGGCUGAAAGGGACGUUGUUCUAUACUGUGACUUCCAUGGCCACAGCCGUAAAAACAACGUCUUCAUGUAUGGCUGUAACAACCGUGAUGGUGCUUCACUUCAGCUUCACGAGAGAGUCUUCCCACUAAUGAUGAGCAAAAACACCAGUGACAAGUUCUCAUUCAGAAGCUGUAAGUUCCGUGUGCAGAAGAGCAAAGAAGGCACAGGACGAAUUGUCAUGUGGAGGCUGGGCAUCAGAAACAGCUACACAAUGGAAUCCAGCUUUGGAGGCUCCACUCUGGGUAUGAGAAGGGGAUCUCAUUUCACCACACGUGACCUUAAAUCCCUGGGCUACUACUUCUGUGACACCCUGCUGGACUACUGUGACCCUGAUCCAACCAAGACCACUUACUGUCUGACUGAGCUGGCAGUAAUGUUGAGAGAAGAGGUCAAACAGAGGCUAGGCAAAGAGUUGGGGAAUGACUGCAAUAUCCCUGUUUCUGACCUGGAGUCGAGCACCAGUGGUUCAAACAGCACAGAUUCUGAUGGACUGCCAACACAUUUACUACACCAAGCACACACCGUUCAUACACAGCAAAUUCCAGUCAAGAAGAAGCACCUGAGAACUUGUAAGGACAGGAACAGACUGCGACAGAUGAGAGCUGAGGAAAACACACAGCCUAAGGAACCCAACCUAGUCAGUGAGGACAUGGUAAAAGUGAGGAUCCAGGAGAAGACUUUGGUGAGAAAUAGGAGAAUGCAGGGGCCAUUUGCUGUGAAAGUGGACAGUCUGAUACGGAAACCUGUAAUUCCUCAUCCACCCACUCACCCUGGAGGCAUUGUUCAUGUGACUCUGGGGCAGGAUGGCGAGCCUGUCAAAAAUGAAUGCCUGGAAGCUAUGAGGACUUCAUACAUGGAUCACAGCGCCAAAGCAUAUCCACAUCUCAGCACAUCCAUAACUAAGCAAUCAUAUGAACCAGAAGUGGGGAAGGCUCCUAAAUGUUCAACUAAGCUACUCCAUCUAAGUGCCCUUCUCCCACCUCAGCCAAAUGCCACAGAGCUUUCCCAGCCAGAGCUUCGACAGACAGGACUGUCCUUGAUUUCUCAUAGAAUCUGGAGAGGUAGGCCACCAGCUUCACUUUCAGCUGCUUACAGGUCCCUUUCAGGCACACUGUUCAAGGCAGCUCCCGAAAUGUUUCAAUUAAGGGGCUUGGAACCCUGCAUGUUGUCAAACUUGCACCCUGCCAAGUCCAGCACCCAUCAGCCCUGCAUAGACAGAAAUGCUACACAGGGGUCAAUACACUUCUUUGUGAGCGAGGGAUCACCGUCCAUCUUGAGCACAGACACUAUCAAACACAAACAGCUGGACCAGGAAAUGGAUGUUAUAACAGAUUGGUUGCCACUUAAAGAGCAGGAGCAGAAAGAACCAGCAUCCGAGAACCCACUCAGCAAAAGUGACUCAUUUGGCAAUGCGAUCUUGCGUGGAUGGAGGAUCACAGACUAUAGAGGACAAAGUUUUCUAGAUGACAGAUUUAGAUGCAAGAUGAAGAAACAACGGGAUCAAACAGUCACAGAAGAGUCUGGGGAUUCUUGGACAGUCAGGCAUGCAAGUUAUAGCCAAAGUCUGUCCAAGGAGACCUUACUAGAACAGGAGAAAAAAGAAGAGAUUAUUUUCCCCCAAGUGUCUCGGACACCCAGCCUCUUUCAGAUGGGACUGCCAUCUUUCCAGUCUGAAACUUUGCAUUGGUCCCAGAGGCCCAAUGUAUUAAAGGGCAACAAGGCCUCUUGCAGGAGAAAAGAAAACCAAGGAAGAAUGGGUUCAGAGAGGGGACUGGUUAAAAGACCACCAACAUCUGCCCCGUCACAGGAUACCUCAUCCUUAGAACUGUAAUUC